AUGGGAUCUCUUUGGCUCCAGAGAAAUAGUAAAACAGGAUUUGAAAUGGAUGGUUUUAUACAAAUGUUACCUGCAUCUAUGAGGAAGUUUUCAACGUAUGUCGAUUUUGUUGGGCAACGAAAAGCGGAGCGAAUUUUUCAGGUGAUACUGGUGAUAACGGCUGUGAUCGGUUUCAUUAUAGGCCAUAUUACUCAACAGUUAUCUCAUGCUGUCUACACGUUAUGUUUUGGCUUCUUAUUAUCUUGCAUUCUUGUUGUACCACCUUGGCCAUAUUUGAGACAAAAUCCGAUACAUUGGCAACCAGUGCAGACAGUUACAACAAUCAUGAACACUCCAGCAAAAGAGAAGAAAAAAAUCAGAUAA